AUUUACGCCGGUGUGUAUACAUUUUUUUUUUUCGUACUGUGGCGUAUCUUGCCUCUCAUCUCAUAUCUUUGAUGUUCCACUGUUUUGUGUUCUCACGUCGACGGACGGCCGAGCUUGCGGCGAUCGGCCGCGUGUCUUUACGAUCUCUGUCAAAAUGGUUAGAUAAUCGUUAGCAACUCCUAUGUGACACUCUUCAAAAUUUCUAGUAUAAGAUCCGCCGCACCGCGCAACCAGGAAACCGAUUAUAUUAGCACGCGCGCACCUCCGUGAUUCUUUCCCUCGAUCACACUGAAAUGGAAGUUUUCACGGUGUUCUUGAGUUGUACGCGUCCACGACUCCCAGCCACUUAAAAUGUCACAAAGUAUAAACCACUGCCAGCCAUGAAUCACGGUAAUAGCUGAGCAACAAUAGAAUGCUGUCGUUCUACGAGGCUCAUGUCGCAACUGAACCAGACCCCGUCCGAGGAGGCCACAUUAGCAGCCCGCGGUUACAAGUUGGUGAGAAAGCUCGGCGAAGGUUGUUAUGCGAAGGUGUACCUGGCCGAGUACAAACCGGAACACGAGACUGACCACAACAACCCCUUGGCCUGCAAGAUCGUCGAUACCGCAAACGCGCCGAAGGACUUCGUCAAGAAGUUCCUGCCACGUGAACUGGACAUCCUGGUGAAGCUGAAUCACCCGCACGUCGUGCAUGUGCAUAGCAUCUUUCAGAGACGUACAAAGUACUUCAUAUUCAUGCGCUUCGCCGAGAACGGUGAUCUUCUCGACUUUGUGCUGAAGAAUGGCUCGGUUGCGGAGAAUCAGGCCCGCGUGUGGUUCCGACAGCUUGCUUUAGGUCUUCAAUAUCUGCAUGAGAUGGAGAUAGCGCAUCGCGACGUGAAGUGCGAGAACGUCCUCCUGACGUCCAACUACAACGUGAAACUGGCGGACUUCGGAUUCGCCCGCUACAUGGUCGACAGCCGCGGUAAGCGCGUACUCAGCGACACGUAUUGCGGCUCGCUGUCCUACGCGGCUCCGGAGAUUCUGCGUGGUUUCCCGUAUAAUCCAAAGAUAUCCGACAUAUGGUCGCUCGGCGUGAUCUUGUACAUACUGUUGAACAAGGCGAUGCCUUUCGACGAGAACAACAUUAAGCGGCUGUACGAGCAGCAGAUAACGCGCAAAUGGAGAUUCCGCAGCAAGGUGAUGGGUACUCUGACCGAUCAUGUGAAGAAGCUCGUGGGCAACCUGUUGGAGCCGGACGUGACCAAGCGCUGGCGGUUCGAUCAAAUCGUGCAGAGCGAUUGGAUCGCGAUAGACCCGCGUCUACUGGUGCUCACGCCCGCGGAACAGGCCGCGUUGAACAACGCGAUCGAGGAGCGGAAAAAGCACGAGGAGAAGUUCACUAAGAGGGACUCUAUGCGAAUGCAGAGCAUCGUACGAUUGUUACUCUUCAGCCUUCAUAAGUUGGGGUGUCUCUUUCUGUUGUUUCUGUUGUACGUCGUGCUGAGUAGAACGCUGCUGCUCGUCCACUUUGUGUGCACGCACGUCUUGUAGUAUAUCCGAUCGCGAGAUUUUGGCCAAGCCUCGUAAUCAUAAUAAUUGAACAUGCUAAAUUUUACAAACGUAUAAGUAAAAAGUGCGCAAGUAAUGAGUAGUGUCGCGAGAUCACGAGUGAGAUCGAUUUUUAGAAAAGACUCAGAGUCGAGGAGAGAAAAAAGGUCGACGAAGACAAGCCACAUGGAGCAGAGGACGUGACGGUUCUCAAAGAUGCUGCGAAAGUACGUUGUGUGUGUGUGUGUUUUUGUGUGUGUGUGUGUGUGUGUGCACGGAAUUAAUCAUCUAUGAAGGUUACGUGAGAGGAAAAAGAAACAGAGGUAGCGAAACUUUUCGUCUUUUCUUUAUAGGCGGCAGCUUCUACGAUUAUUACAGGCGGAGUCCAAUUUCAAAAUCUCAGCACGUAACUGCGAUCUGUAAUGUGCUUCCUUGCAUCUUUACCUGACACUUACGGAAAUAAAUCAUCCGAUGAAUAAGUGACAAGAUGAAAUGCCACACAUGUCAUAUAAGGUAAACGUUCUAAUCAGUGACUAAGUAACUUCAUCGCGAAAAUAGAAUAAUAAUACACAUGUUAAGUUAAAGUUGAUUUUGUUAGAAGUUUGAAUAUUCGGGGUUUUAAUUGUAUAUUUUCUUAAUUUUAGAUUUUAUCUAUUUUAUAUUUUUUCAAAAAUGACUGAAAUGCUAUUUAGUGAUAUGAUAGUUUAGUAUUAUUUCUCAUUGACAGUCUAAGCAUGAAGAAGCUAAAGAAUAACUUGCAUAGAUCUAACAAAUAUCCGAUCAACAAUUCUAACAAUUAACCGUCAAUUGUUCAAGCUAUUGUCAGUAGCACACUUGCAAUUAUGAUGUUCCAGUAUUUACCA